AUGGAUCACGAAGAAUCUCAAAUAUCUAGACUAAACUCUAAACCCCGUGUUCAUUUUGGUUCUUUGGAAGGACAGGAUACCGUAAAAAGACUUCGCACUGAAGAACCUACUUCUUCAAGUGGGGGUAUUGACCUUGAUGCUUUGGAUGAGAGUAUGGAACCUGCUUACUCUAUCAAUGCUGGCGAGGCAGAUAAGCAAGUACUGGCCGAGUUUGAAAGAAGAAAGAGAGCUUUUCAACUUGCCGUACCUACAGACGAUAAACGUGUCAGACAAAGACUUAGAGAUAUUGGUGAACCUCAAUGUCUCUUUGGUGAAGGCCCUGGGGAUCGUCGUGAUCGUCUUAGAUACUUGAUGUCAAAGAGCCAAGGACGCGAAGUUGAAAGUGAAGAGGAAUCUGGUGAUGAGGAUGACGAGGAAGACGAGGAGUUCUUUACGCCAGGAACGCCAGAACUUUUAGAAGCUAGAAAAUGGAUGACAACAUACUCACUAAACAGAGCGAAACAACGUAACGAACGACAAAAGGAAGAGCACAAAAUUUCGCUUCCUUUACUAAAAGCCAGUCGCCAAGAACUUCACACUAAACUCAAAGCAUAUACCAACUGGUCUUCACAGAUUGCUGAUGAUCGACCUAUUGCUCAAUGUACAUUUAGUCCUGAUUCUAAAUUAUUAGUCACUGGUUCAUGGUCCGGCCUUUGUAAAGUAUGGUCUGUACCAGACUGUGAACAUAAGUUAACCUUGAAAGGACAUAACGAUAAAGUGGGUGGUAUUGCAUUUCACCCGGAGGCAACAAUUUCACAAUCGUCUAGUGAACUCAACUUAGCUACAGGUGGCGGUGAUGGAUUAAUUCAGUUGUGGAAUUUAGAAAAGAGUACGCCUAUCGCUACAUUGACAGGCCACGCAAGACGUGUUGCUCGUAUCGGGUUUCAUCCUUCCGGCAGAUAUUUGGGUAGUGCUAGUUUCGACGGUUCAUGGCGUUUAUGGGAUGUAAAUACAACUCAAGAAUUACUGUUACAGGAGGGUCAUGCAAAAGAGGUUUAUUCAAUUGCAUUUCAAUGCGAUGGAAGUUUAGUAGCCACAGGUGGAUUAGAUGCUGUCGGUAGAGUGUGGGAUAUGAGAACUGGUAGAUCAACAAUGACACUGGAGGGACACGUUAAGGAUAUUUUGGGUGUCGAUUGGUCUCCUAAUGGUUAUCAAUUAGCUACUGCUAGUGCUGAUCAUUCCGUAAAGAUUUGGGAUAUGCGUAACCUCAAUAAUUUAUAUACAAUUUCUGCUCAUCAAUCGCUUGUGUCAGAUGUAAAGUAUAGUAAGGGUGUGCCUGGAACAAAUAACAACAGUGCCUCCGAUCCUCAUAAUAUUGCUGGUCUUUAUCUUGCUACAUCCGGAUAUGAUGGCUGUGUUAAAAUCUGGUCUGGUGAUGAUUUCCGAUUAGUCAAGAGCUUGGAUGGACACGAAGGAAAGGUAAUGGGUGUGGAUAUCUCCCAAGGUCAGUACAUACCUGGUUUUUUUUAUUAUUAUUAUAGUUAUUAUUUAAGCAGAUAUGUAAACUAA